AUGGAAGGCAAUUUGGCUCAACAGCGGUGUCAUUCAGCAUCCACUGCCGUGGACCAAGAUGACCUCGUUAUCCCAAUCAUUGACUUCAGUCCCUUUCGGAGUGGCACACCCGCUGAUAAGCACGCCGUCGCGGUGUCCAUCGUGGAUGCCUUCAAAUCAUCAGGGUUCCUCUAUCUCAAGGACCAUGGUAUUCCGUCUUCCGUGGUCUCCGAAGUGUUUGGUUCGUCUGCGCGUUUCUUCGCACGACCCCAGAAUCAGAAGGACAGUCUGGGCUGGACCACCCCACAGGCGAACCGUGGCUACGUGAAGACGGGACAAGAGAAGCUCACUCUACCCGGUGAGGAAAUCAUCCAGGCCACCCCAGAUCUCAAGGAGACCAUGGAGAUUGGUCGCGAGGGGGUAGACGGGUUGCCCAACCACUGGCCGGACGACAUGGAUGACGAAGGGAAGAGGUUCAAGGAAGCGAUGCUCUCGUUCUUUGACAUGUGCAAGUCUCUACACAUGAAACUCAUGCGGGCUAUAGCUCUAGGGAUGAGUCUGCCGGAGCAUUUCUUCGACUCCUACGUGGACCAGGGCGAUAACACCCUUCGACUGCUGCAUUAUCCCGCCGUGUCCAGGGACGUCUUCAAAGCCAAUCCGUCCCAAGUGCGCGCCGGAGAGCAUAGUGACUACGGGUCGAUCACACUGCUUUUCCAAGACGGUCGUGGUGGGCUGCAGGCCCGCAGUCCCAAGGGAACCUUUGUAAACGUGAUGCCCAUCGCGGACACGGUGGUCAUCAAUGCCGGGGACUUGUUGUCUCGAUGGUCCAAUGAUGUCAUCAAAAGUACACGGCAUCGCGUCGUGGAGCCCCCGAAAACCGUGGACGACGGUGUCAUCGAUACGUAUCCUGAUCGCUACAGCGUGGCCUACUUUUGUAACCCGAAUUUCAACAAGUUCAUUGAAGCCAUCCCGGGGACCUAUGGUGAGCACCAGCAACAGGCUAAGUAUCCCGGUAUCACUGCCGGAGACUACCUGGUGCAACGCCUGACGGCCACUAUUUAA